GCUGUCCGACAAUAUCGGCAUCGCCGGCUUACGAAGAGGCUAAUCCCCACGCGUUCUCCUUCUGCUGCUGCUUAUCUGUUCGAGGAAAGCUUUGCGUUCGCGGGGCUCGACCGCGCGCGCCUCAUUCCCGAACAAUCCGGUUAAUGGGAAGGAGGCUGAGCAGCUCUCUGUCCCCGCUCCCUGCUCCCAGUCCAGCGAAGUAUAUAUAUACAGCAGCAGCACGCCAUGGGCUGGCUGACAUGGUGUUUGAUUCUAAAGCUAAUGCUUCUAGUUCUGACCACGGCCAGGGCAGACGAUUCCGAAUCGGAGCCGUGCGAGUUGGAAGUCUGGGCCUCGGGCAAAGGCAAGUGGUCGGUGGGCCGACCUGGCCAAGUGUUCUGCGCCUGUAUAGACAGAAACAGCAGCGAGGUUCACAGAUUGAGCCUGUACCAGGGCGGCACCAAGCUGAACACAACCAUUGUCAACAACACUGUGCAGUACACAAAGGAGAGUGCCACGGAGUGCGUGCAGAACGAGUACGAGUGCAAGUGGAACACUUUAGUGAGGGGUUCUGUUAUUGUCACGGCGAUCGCCGCCCUCAAUGUGACGGACUUCGCAUGCCGCUUCGACGUAAGCGAUAAGUUGAACUGUAGCUUCAGUCGAUCACAGAUCGAACAGCUCAACGAGAAUGGCGUUCGCUACCAGCUCCAGCUACCAGCUACCAGCUACGAGCCCAGUGGCAGCACGAGCCAAUGCACGACCGCGGACAGGCGGGUAAACUGCAUCCUGGAAUUGAGAAUGGGCCAUGCCUCUAAAAUGUCGAGCCAAAUCUUUAAUCUGACCAGGUAUAGCAAUAAUGCUGGAAAGCAGACGCAGCUGAUCGAGCUCCCCUUCGACAGCAUGUUCGUGCCAAAGUGCCGGCCAAGCGAGGCGGACAAGAUAACGAAGGACAACCAGACAUGCUUGAGGUGGUACUACCCAGGGGACAUGCUCGAGAGGAGCAGUUCCCUCGAGUGGGUGGUGGAGCUAAAACCUCGUCUGGCUCAGAUUAAACCACCACCCCUAAUACUGACCAGCGGGGAGCAGCCGGAUCUGAAUAGUCUCACGUUCUGCUUCCCUCAUCCGGAGCAGGGCCACCAGGUCUUUGAUGUGCGCCUCAGGUGUCACAUAAAGGGCAACAACACUAUAUGGUCGGAAAAUUACCCCGAGUUUGAGAUCACCACGAAUGACACAUUGCCCGCCCGCCCGCCGCAGUUCGUGCCCAACGGCUUCACCUACGACGAGGACAAAAACGAGCUAACUGUCUUCUGGCUCCCGCUGGACGAGAUUGAAUACAAUGGACCGAAUCUGAAAUACGAUGUCCGCUGGAAAGGCAGCCAGGAGGCUAGCCGCACCUAUACCCGCUCCGCCAUAUUCACAAACUGGGAUGACAGCCAGCCGGCCAAUGUGACCAUGAGAAGUCGGAACAUCAAAGGCGCCUCGGUAAACAGCACUUGGCUGUGGGUGCCCGCGUUAAGCAACGUGGCGAAGCGACGGGCUACUCAUCUGAGGUACAUCCCCGAAGAGAAUAGCACCACGAUCUCCUGGAAAAAGCCCGAAGACACCGACCUGCUGUCAGGGUACCUCAUCUACUGGUGCAAUGCCUCCAGAACACUCGGCCAGCUUUGCGACGACCGAGUCUCCAUUAAAAACAUUUCGUUGGACGAUAAGGAGCAGCAGGAGUACAGAUUCGACACUUCAAUGCCACUGCAAGACAUAGCCUUGGAACCCAUAUACCAUGACCAUGUCAGUGGCGGCAUGAGCGUUAGGCUAGAGGCCGUAGAAAAGAAGGAAAACUAUUCCUUUAAUUUGCGGAUUGUGGAGGGCAUCUGUGCCUUGCUGGUGCUGGGAGUGAUUGUCAUGUCGGCCAAGAAGCUACGCAAAAUGAAUGAUAUCAAAGUCGAGAUGCCUGAAAUGGGCCCCAUAUUCACGUCUGAGCCAAAGUCCGAUUCCAAGCCUUCUCCUCUUUGGGGUGUGCCGAUUAUAAAUUAUCCAUAUUAUAAUCCCAAAACUACCAUCCUAAAUUUAGAUCUCGUGACGUUCACAGACAAGGGGCAGGAGAGCGAGCCUGAGGAGAAGGAGAUGGAGGAAUCAUUUACGGGGGACGUGGCACAACCCAAACCAGAGUCCUCGGCAUAUGUAUGCAUGGAUAAUGCCAUUGGUAAAAAUGGCGAUAUAAGACCACCAAGCAAUGGCUAUGUCAUGGCGCCUCCGCCACAAAUAGAUGUUAAUAUCAAUGGUUAUGUCGUGGCGUCUCCUCCACGUUUGAUUCCCAACAACGAAGGGUACAUAAAUCCACCUCCGCCACGAUUAAAUCCUGAUAUCAAUGGCUAUGUCACGGCGCCUCAGCCACGGUCAGUUCCCAACAACAAUGGAUAUGUCGAUUCGCCUCCGCCACGUUUAAUACCCAACAGCGAUGGAUAUAUCAAUCCACCGCCUCCUCAUAGCUGAGACCAGAGCCUCGCCUGUUCUCACCUCGUUUCGCCUCGCAUCAGUGUAGUAUUCCGCGUAUUAAGGGAAAAUCCAACGUAAUCCAAAUCCUCACAGUUCAAUAUUUAUCGCAAGUAAGCACAUAUGUACAUAUGUACAUGUGUGUGUAGUAAAAAUCAUAACAAUUUAUAAGGAAUUCGUUGUAUAUACUUACUAUACUAUAAAAGUACUCAAGUAUAUUCCACUGUAAUCUUGCGUUAUUUUAGUCAGAAAUCGUUGAAGGGAAUUGCAAGCGGUUGGUGAUUAUUACUGUGGGGAUAUGGAUACACAUACAUAUGUAUAUAGGUUGCAUCUUUAUAACUUAUUCGUAAAAAGGUAAUAAUAAAAAAUGCUACUUCUUUAUAUA